CCAGCUCUCACAGGUGGUGCGGCCCGGGACAAUAUGGCUGCAUUUCGGUCCUUGGAACGAGCUCUGCAGCAAACGACACGGACUUCUUUUUAUCCCGGGGUGGAAGCCGCAGGCUCCAACUGCUGCCGGUGCCCACUCGGAGGUAUCCGCGGCAUCAGGCCUUGGAAGGAGGGGAGGGGAUGGAAAGGAAGGGAGUGUUAAGCCUUGGCAGGCUUCUCGUUGGAGAAUCGCUCAUCGGUCUGGGAGCGCGCCCUUGCCCUCCAGUCGCACGUGGGUAUGACAGUGACCCCUGAGGGUCGUGAAAGCCCCCAGUGCGUGGAAACGGAAGGAGGACUGCAGGGGGCGACUUGCUCUCCCGGGACACUCCUCACCCUUUGGGCAGGGUUUAGGAGGGAAGAUCUUAGUUUGGACUCUGAGCUCUGCUGCUACAAAUAAAAAGACCUUGAAAGGGUUUCCUCGUUCUCAAGACUAUCCUUACCACCUUACCAAUGAUUAAACCUGAGAAUGCUACUAAAAGGUAUCUACUUACAGAUAAUAUCAUGAAAUUAAAAGAAUUUCAACAUAAGAAGUUGGCUAUUGCAUAUAAUCUUCCUGACACCAAAGAAACCUAUUUUAGAAACUUGGAAGAGAAAUUGACCCAGAACAAACUCAUCUUGAAGGACGAGUUGAGAACUUUGCUUCAUUUGUGUCAGACCCGGGAUGAUGUGGAGCUGGCUAAAAAUGUCAUGUACAGGUACCAUACAGAGAACAGAAAUGUCACUUUGGGGGAAUAUAAGUUUGGACCUGUUUUCAUGAGGCUGUGUUAUGAGUUGGAUCUUGAGGAGUCUGCAGUGGAGCUCAUCAAAGACCAGCAUUUACAUGGUUUCUUCUCAGACUCCACAUCAUUCAAUAUUUUGAUGGAUAUGUUAUUUAUCAAAGGCAAAUAUAAAAAUGCCUUGGAAGUGUUGAUAGAGAUGAAAAACCAAGAUGUGAAGUUCACCAAAGACACCUAUGUCCUUGCGUUUGCAAUUUGCUACAGACUGAAUAGCCCAGAGUCUUUUAAAAUCUGUACUACAUUAAGAGAAGAAGCCCUAAUCAAAGGAGAUGUUCUUUCCAGGAGAGCCUCCUGCUUUGCAGUGGCGUUAGCUCUGAACCAGAACCAGGUAGCAAAAGCUGCAUCCAUUUUUUCUCAAAUCAUGAAUCCAGAGAACAUAACUUGCACAAAUUUAAAUAUUAUUAUCCAUAUCCAGUCAAAUAUGGUGGAAACCCUGAUAGAUAUACUAACGAAUGCUGCAGAAGGAAAUUUAUCAAUAUUUGUGAAAAAACGUGUGUUCUCAGAGGAAGUGUUGGUCAAGGUGAGGGAAAAAGUGAAGGAUGAUGCACCCAACCUUCUGGCCAAAUUUGACGAGAUCUAUGGGAAAUUGCACAUAAAUGGCCAGAUCACCACUUAUUCACUGGAUACUCUGCUCUGCCGUACCCCCAGGGACAAGAAGUCCCAUACAUUGCUAUUAAACAAGAGGACAAUCAGCCGUCGGACCUUCCAGCCCCUCAGCCAGUCCCUGUUGGCUGAGUAACCUCAUUUUCAGACUUCUUCAGGUCUAAGGGGCCUGCUUCAAGUGAACGGUUGGCUUUUCUGAGAUGUCAGGCAUCUAACUUUGGUUGACGCUGUGCUAACACCAAGUCUUCUCCCUAAGUCCUGAGUUCAUUGAGUGCUGACAUGAUGAUCAGAGAAAUUAUUAUGUUGUGCCACUGUGAAGACCCAGAUCAGACAGAGAAAGCUCCACAACCUCAGAAAGGAGACUUCCCCUGUGCGAGCUGCUGAGGGAAGAACGUGGCCAUACUCACCAGGGACCCCGACAAGCACCCUAAAAAUUGGCCUUCACUAAAUGUGGUCAAUUCGGACUAAUUUUUUUCAGGGAAUAGUUGCUUGCAAAUUAUACCCUUGCUGAAUUUAAGAGAUCUAAACCCCUAUCCUACCAUAUUGGAAAACAUGGAUUUUCAUAGUGUCCUGCCAUCAUUUUAGCUCUUUGACCCUGAAAAGGUACGUGAGGCUCAUUUUAGCAUCUCCAAAUAGUCCUUACAUGUGGUUGUAUAAUAAUUUGAAAUUUUCAUUUAAGUUCAGUAGAGUCAUAUUUUCUCAAAAUUAAGAGAAAUAAAAACACACCUAAGUAAA